AUGGCGUUCAGCCAGGGGCGCACCUGGCUGGCGGCAGCAAACUUUCACGAGGGCGACCUGGUGGUCAACUACCCCUGGGACGGCUACCCGUCGUUAUCGCAAUUCGUCUCCGGCCCGAGCGUGGCCCCUGAUGACGUCACCCUGACGUACCUCGCAAAGGCCUACGCCUCGCUGAACCCCGCCAUGCUGCAAGGGCCGUUCAGGGACGACGGCGGCGUCACCAACGGCGCUGCGUGGUACCCUGUUUACGGCAGCUACCAGGACUGGGACUACACCACAGCGGGCUGCAUCCACUUCACAAUCGAAACAUCGCUUGUCAAGGCGCCCCCGCCGUCCGCCAUCCCUAGCCUGUGGGAGCAGAACAGAGAUGCGCUGCUGGCGCUGCCGCUCAGGGCCUACGAGGGCGUGCGCGGCCGCGUCACAGACGCCGCCAGCGGCGCCCCCCUGGCCGCCACGCUGUACGUGCGCAGUGCCGCCGGCGCCGCCGCCCCCGUUCCUUUUUACGCGUCCAGGGGCCACGGCUUCUACGCGCGCCCCCUGGCACCCGGCCGCAACUACUCUCUGGUCGCGACCAUGGCUGGCUAUGCGGACGCAGUGGCGCAGAUCACCGUGCCCGUCGGCGGCGGCGGCGUGGUGCGCGACUUUGCGCUGGUUGCGAAGCCGUGA